AUGGACGAAAGUCUUAAGAAGGAUUUGAGGACAGUGAGAGAAGAGAUUAAGGAUGGAAUUAAAGAUGUGAUUACGACUUUACAGGUUAAGGAAUUUGAUACUUUGGUGAAGACGGAUUUGAAGAGUUUGAGGGAUAAGAUUAUGAAGCUUAAAGAUGGCGUGGAUAGUAGUAAAGCGGACGAAGGUACUGGGCUUGUCGGCCAGCACUUAAAAACCAUUAAAGAUCAGUAUGACAAGCUGCAUAAAGAGACCACUGGUCCUGGUGGUUCAAUCGCGAAGGAGACUGGAUUGCUUGAUAAUAAGUUUCAGAGUGCUAUCCAACAUCCGCUUAACGAUGCAGUCGAUAAAGUUGACAUGGCGAUUGAGACGCUUGGCGAGCAGUUUCAACUGCAGGGUAAAAAGAACAUUGAAGAGGUUUUUAAUAAGAUUAAAGGGGAAGUUGGGAGUAUCAUCACUGGGAAUCACGGAAAACUAAAAACAGGGCUUGAGGCGGUUGUGGAUAAGGUGAGGGGUCUUGCUGGGCUGUUUAGGGGGCAAUCACAGUUUGAGAUUAAAGUGCAGGGAUGGGUUGAAAAUAAUAUUUUGAAGGUGGAUCCGAUUAAGAGCUUUAUUGAGAAGUACAUUGGCGAGAACGGUCAGGGGAAGUUUCAUGGGAACUAUGGAAAGAAAAAAAGAGGGGGCCAAUUUUAUACGGACCUUAAUGAACAAAUUGCGAUUGUUUUUAAAGAAAAGCUUACGAGCGAAGCUACUACUGCUGGCAGAGUGGUUGAGGACCUUUUUAGAGAAGCCGAAUCUAAUCGAACGGUUAGAAAAUACGUCAAUGCUCUUAAGGAGGGUUGCAACAAGUUUGUGGAGAAGCUUGGAGAGACAUUGAAGACAAACGACGUUGAUCAGUUUCCGGAUGCAAUUGAUACGCUUGUAAAUACGAUAGUCCAAAAGAUUACUAGCGCAGUGAAGAACGGUUCCCCCGCGCCUGACACAAAGUAUCUCAUCCCCGCCGUCCAAGGCGCUGUAAUCCAGCUGCUGGUCGUGGCCAGGCAGGUUGCCGUAGAACUUGGAUCGUUCGCUCUGAACGCAGACAACAAUCAUUUAAGCCUUGCAGAUAACGUGGAUAAUGCUCUUAAAGUAGCCAAGACACUUGAGGGUCAGCUUAAGGAUGCGAAUACAGCACAGAAAUCCUCCGGCCAAACUGAAAGCCCCGCCAAAGCCGUGGACAGUAGGUUGAGUGAAGUGAGGAAUAUGGUUGGUGGGCUUGACGAUACAUUUAAGCAGAAAGUCAAGAAAGAGCUUCAAGAAGCUGUCAACAAGCUUGACGGAGCUGUUCGCGAUUUCGACACUGAAGCUCAGAUCAGGGAAGCGGCCAAGGCGGCGUAUUUAUCAAACUUCUUGAGUGAUCGAAUGACAUUGUCCAGCGGGCCGAAUAGCAGAUUGUAG